AUGGUGGUGGCGGUGGUGCCGGUGCCGGCACCGUUGUUGGCUGAUGGUGGCGGUGGUGCCGGCACAGAGCCAACGCUGUUGUUGGCUGAGAAGAGAGAGACGUCUGGAAGUAACGCGCAGUCGCCUGGUUUGAAGACGUAUUUCAAGACUCCAGAAGGCAAGUACAAACUCCAGUAUGAAAAGACUCACCCUUCUGGCCUUCUUCACUAUGGCCACGGCAAAACGGUCACUCAGGUAACGCUAGCCCAUCUCAAGGAUAAGCCUGUGCAGACACAAUCACAGUCAUCUUCAAGUUUGGGUGUAAACAGUGGUGUGAGGUCAGCGGCAGCAAGGUUCUUGGGUGGUGGAAAUGGGAGUAGGGCACUUAGUUUUGUUGGAGGGAAUGGUGGGAGUAAGUCAGUGACUGGUGCCAGCAGUAGAAUUGGAUCAUUAGGGGCUUCAAGUUCAAAUAAUGUGGUUGGCAGUUCAAAUUUUGAUGGCAAAGGGACUUACUUGGUGUUCAAUGUUGGUGAUGCAAUUUUCAUUAGUGACUUAAAUUCUCAGGAUAAGGAUCCUAUUAAGUCUAUACAUUUUGGUAAUUCGAAUCCUGUUUGCCACGCAUUUGACCCUGAUGCAAAGGACGGGCAUGAUUUACUUAUUGGUUUAAACACUGGAGAUGUUUACUCUGUGGCUCUAAGACAGCAAUUACAGGAAGUAGGGAAGAAGCUUGUUGGGGCUCAGCAUUAUAAUAAAGAUGGUUCCAUUAACACCAGCCGCUGUACUUGCAUCACAUGGGUUCCUAAUGGUGAUGGAACAUUUAUAGUUGGCCAUGCGGAUGGAAAUAUGUAUGUAUAUGAAAAGAGCAAAGAUGGUUCUGGAGAUCCUUCAUUCCCUGUUAUCAAGGAUCAAACUCAAUUUUCAGUAGCACAUGCCCGCUACAGUAAGAAUCCAGUUGCUCGAUGGCAUAUUUGCCAAGGUUCAAUAAAUAGCGUCGCCUUUUCAACUGAUGGGGUCUUCAUGGCAACUGUAGGAAGGGAUGGUUAUCUGCGAGUGUUUGACUACAAAAAUGAACAAUUAAUAUGUGGCGGAAAGGGCUAUUAUGGUGCUUUAUUAUGUUGUGCUUGGAGCAUGGAUGGAAAAUAUAUUCUGACUGGAGGUGAGGAUGACCUAGUUCAAGUUUGGAGCAUGGAAGAUCGAAAGGUUGUUGCAUGGGGUGAGGGACAUAACUCGUGGGUUAGUGGAGUGGCAUUUGAUUCAUAUUGGUCAGCGCCAAAUUCAGAUGGCACUGGGGAAAAUGUCGUAUAUCGGUUUGGUUCUGUUGGUCAGGACACACGAUUGCUUUUAUGGGAUCUGGAAAUGGAUGAGCUUGUAGUGCCAGUUCGUCGCCCUUCUGUUGGAUCUCCCACUUUCAGUACCGGGAGCCAAUCAUCUCAUUGGGAUGGCGCUUGCCCCGUGGGUACCUUACGACCUGCUCCAAGCAUGCGAGAUGUUCCAAAGCUUUCUCCACUGGUUGCUCAUCGUAUUCACACAGAACCUCUCUCUGGUUUGAUAUUCACUCAGGAGUCCAUUCUUACCAUAUCCCGAGAGGGACACAUAAAGAUUUGGAUGAGACCCGGUUUUGCUGAAAGUCAGUCAAGCAAUUCUGAUUCUCUGUUGAGUACAAGCCUGAAGGAAAAACCUUCAAUAUCAGGGAAAGUUAUCGGUUCUACCUACAAACAAUAA